AUGUCUAGCUUGUUGCUCCUGUUGGUGAUCACACCUAUGCUUGUAUCCUCAGAGUCAUCCGAGGAGGCCGUAACCCAAGCGCCUCAACCGAGUGCCCCAUUCCUGGUGUCGCUUCGCCAAACCUCUGAGGAUAAAAAAGGACCCUACUGCGCUGGUACCAUCAUCUCACCACGGGCUAUACUGACCUCUGCUUAUUGCCUUCAAAGAUUUGAAGAAGAACAACCACUAGAACUGUUAAAAGUGGUCGUCGGCACGAACGAGCUGGACAGCGGCGAGUCCUACGGAAUUGAGAAGCUUGUGAUCCACGAAAACUAUUACAAUGAGGACAACAACACCAUCCACGACGUGGCCAUUAUAUUCACGGAUGAGGAGAUACAGUUCAGUGAUGAAGUCCUGCCUGUGCUGAUGAGGGACACUCCAGUUGAAGAUGAAGAGGAGUUGAGGGCUUUUGGAUGGAGAAGUGCUGACGAGUCCCUUUCGAACGAGCUACUGGAGGUAGAAGUGAUCGUGGUCAUCAACGAUGAAUGUGGACAGGCUGGGUUGAUCUGUGCUUUACCGCCUGUACCCGUCUCAGAGGAAAGUCUUUGUGAGGGCGUUUCUGGAGGACCUUUGGUUGACUUGAAAGGCGGACUGGUUGGAAUCCUGAUAUCUGGUGUGGGGACGUGUGACACAGGAUAUCCAAACCUUUAUACAAGCGUGCAAGCGUAUUUGCCUUGGAUCGAGAAGAACUUAGUUGGCGAUUAUAUAAAUAGACACUAUUUGUAUGUCAAAGAUAACAGUGAUGAAGAUGGUGAUGAUGAUGAUGAACAAGGUGAAGACGCAUCUACCACAGACAACUAG